AUGUUUACAUUUGUUCAGUCUCAUUAAUAUUUAAUAUUAACACAAUAAUUCGAGGUUUUACUCUUUGAAUAUGCAGUGGCGCCGAACACUGAACUAAAUUCAGCAGAAUGAAGCUCCGGGUCCGAAUCAACAGACAGACCAGGCGACUGGAACUGGACGGACCAGAACCGACUCUCUCCGAGCUCAGAGUCCGGAUCAGAGACACCCUGCUGGGAUCUGAUGUGGAGUUCAGGCUGUCUCUGAACGGGACAGAGGAGCUUCUGGACACGGGACAGACGCUGGCCUCCUCUGGGGUUGUUUCUGGAGAUAUGAUCAGUGUGAUUUUGCCCCAGAGCAGCUCUCAGCAAACACAAACUGCCCCAGAAACCCCGAGUGGAGCAGAAAACACACCCGGCUCCAGCGAGGAGGCCGGUGGCGCAGACAGCAGCAGUGCGAGGGAUGCUGUGAUGGAGGAGUGGUUAGAGGACGAGGAGUGUGUGUUCGCUCCUCCACCGCUCCUGUGCUGUGAGACGGAGGAGGAGGGAGUGAUUCCUCACACGCUCGAGAGGCUCCUGGACUCAGCGAGAUGUAGAAACACAUCAGACUGUCUGAUGCUGGCGGCACAUUUACUGCUGCUGGAGACCGGCUUCCUUCCACAGGGUUCUAAUGUGAACUCAGGCGAGAUGCCGAUUGGCUGGCGGGCGGCAGGGGGCGUGUACAGGCUUCAGUACGCCCACCCACUUCUGGAGAACAGCCUGGUGUCAGUGGUUUCCGUGCCAAUGGGCCAAACGCUCGUCAUUAAUGCUGUUCUUAAGAUGGACAAGACUAUGGAGAAUUCUCGCAAGCUGGCACUGAAACCAGAUGCUUAUGUGACAGCUGAUUGGGCAGGCGGCAGCGCAGCCAUUGUCUACAGAGACUUAAGAAAACUGUCUCGUCUCUUUAAAGAUCAGCUGGUGUAUCCGCUCAUGGCCGCUGCCAGACAGGCGCUGGGUCUGCCGGCUCUGUUCGGUCUGGCUGUUCUUCCUCCUGAGCUUCUGUUGCGUGUGUUACGGCUCCUGGACGUCGUCUCUCUCGUCUCUCUGUCGACUGUGUGCCGAGACCUGAACGUCGCUACCCAAGAUCCUUCACUCUGGAGACACCUGCUGCACAGAGACUUUAGGGUGAGUUUUUCUGCAGGAAAUCAACACAGAGACACUGACUGGAGAGAGCUUUACAAAAAGAAGUUUAAAUUGAAGAAUGUACACAGAUGCCGUUUCUAUCCACACCACGUUCCUCCGAUUUUCCCUCUUUCCCCGUUCCCAUCCCCCCCGCUCCCCCUCCCGCUCCCGCUUUACCCUCCCGGCAUCAUCGGAGGAGACUACGACCAAUCACCUGUCCUCCUGCCCCGCCCACGCUUCGACCCCAUUGGCCCACUCCCAGGUCACCUCCCCGGAACGAGCGUUCCCAUUGGCCGACGGAAUCUGCGUCCGGGAGGGAAUCGACCAGCAGACGUCAGGAGAGGUUUCAUUUGAGCUCCUA